UCGCAGAUAGGGCUAUCUGUAUCAAUAAAUACAACAGGGAACGAAAACAAAACGCGGACACAGAUUGGUAUGAUUUCCGCGAAAUUACACACUGCUUUUUCUCUCUCCGCCCCUCUUCUCCUGUAGCAUUUAAUCAGUGAUCUGUUUCACUUUGUAGCGCCUAGUUAGUGCCUUACAACUAGACACGUUUACCCUUUAGAAGGAAAAGUUAUUUUUUAAGAAUGGCCUUUUAUCCACAGGAGCCGUUUUACAACCCGGUGAUCCCCUUUAAUGGGUCAAUUCAUGGACGUCUACAGGAAGGCAAAAGUAUCAUUAUAUCUGGCCGAGUCUUUCCAGGAGCAAACAGAUUCCACGUGAAUCUACAGUGCGGUUCGGCAGCAGGGGCAGAUGUCGCCCUUCACUUCAACCCGCGAUAUGAUGCCAGCCCUGGUUAUGUGGUGACCAAUACCUUCCAGAACUCCAGAUGGGGCCAAGAGGAGCGAAAGCAUCCAACUCCCUUUCUGCAGGGAUCAUGCUUCAACCUAAUGAUCCAAGUUGGUCGGGACUCAUUCAAGAUUGCCACUAAUGGUAGCCACUUCAUGGAGUUCAGACAUCGCAUCCAUUUUGCUGCUGUGGAUACGAUCCGUGUGGAUGGAAUGGUGGAGAUCAGUUCCAUAGCUUUCCAGAGCCCUCAGCCCUGCACCCCCCAGCCUGCAUACCCUCCACAGUGUGCUUUCCCGCCGCAUAGAUAUCCUCCACAGUAUGCUGUUCCUGGCGUCCCAGCUGGAUAUCCGGUUCCUUCUCCAUAUCCGCCACCAGUAGUCUAUACAGUGCCAUACAAAAGCGUCAUAAAUGGUGGAUUCUACCCUGGAAGGACUAUAACAAUCCAAGGUGUGAUCAACGGCGCUGCCAAAAGAAUAGCUGUGAACCUGCGCCACAGGACUGGUAUAGCACUCCACUACAACCCGCGCUUUGACGAGAACACAGUGGUGCGUAACAGCCAAAUGCGCGAGAAGUGGGGUAGUGAGGAGCGUGGAGGUGGAAUGCCCUUUCACCGCGGCCAGCAGUUCAUGCUGACUAUUGUAUGCAGUCCUCAAAGUUACAAUGUUAUGGUGAAUGGCAAUCAAGUGCACACCUUCAGGCAUCGCCACAGCAACCUUCAGGAGAUCGAUAUGUUGGAGGUUGAUGGAGACUUGACUCUCAACUCUGUCACAGUCUAGGCAGAAAAUGACCAAAACCAUUCAGCACAAGAGAUCACAAUUGUAUCUUCUUUAUUGUUGAUGUACCGGUAUAUACCAAUUCUAUUUUACCAAUACAAUAAUCAAAUGACUAACUAACCUAAUGUAUCCUCUUUUGCUUUCCUGGAAAAAAGUAAAUCUCAAAAUGUUUUUGACAAUAGCCUAGUUUACAUUUAAGCUAGUAUAAUAAUACCAAAAUGUACAUUGCGUAAGAGCCAAAAAUAAAGAAUAAUAAUAAAAACAA